GGAUCUGGUUAAGUCGCUAUUAUAUUUCUUUGCUCGAAGAGGUGCCUCUGCAUGUCCUUCAAUCUUUCUGCAAAUGGUAUUCGGGAAUUACUCCUGCCUGCUAUACAAAAUCUAUUAAAAGAUCCUGAUGCUCUAGAUCCAGCACACAAGGAAGCUCUUGAGAUGAUAAUGAAGGAAAGAUCAGGUGGGACUUUUGAGGCAAUCAGUAAGGUGAUGGGGAUGAGUGCUCAUCUUGGAAUUGCGUCGUCAGUGACUAGCCUCUUCGGGGAAGGCGGGCUAUUGGGUAAGAAAGAUAGUGCUGAACCACAACCUGAAGCAGUAGAAUCUCCAAUGGCCAUAACACCUCCUGCAGCUGAGGACACAAGGUUUUUGCGUAUCAUGAGGGGAAAUUUCACAGACAUGCUCCGAGGCAAAGUAAAGAGCCAAGAGGAAACAGGGCAGGACCAAUGAGAUUAGCGUCAUCGGAGGAAAUGGUUUGCUGUGAAAAUGAUUUUGAGAAGUUACAUGCAUAUCAGAAAGAUUUUUAAACUUUUCAUUAUAUUUUCCCAUACAUAUGUUAAUAUGUAACCUUUUUCGGUCCCGCACUCGGUUGCCAAAUGACUACCCCUUGCAAAGGACGUGCGUAGGACUACUAGGACUUGGGAUAAUCCCAAGUCCCCCCAUUCCCCCUUCUUCCAAGAAAAAAGAUUUCACACUGUUUAAAAAAAAAAAAAUAUGUAACCUUUUUCGGGCCAGCGCAUCCAUAUGUAACCUUGAACCUCGUUUAUAUUCAACCUUUCUUUGGGUUUCGUUGUUAUAUUCAACUAAGACGAAUGGUUUGCCUGUUAAUUAUUUUGUCUCAGCUGCUGUAGACUAUAUAUACAGUAACAGUAGUUUAAACUUUUAAGUGAUAAAAAUGAGCUUGAGUA